CAACCAUAGAAAUCCUGAGCUCAACCUAUGAGCUCAACCCUUUACUUGCGUUUUCCGUUUUGGCAUGUACCAAACCACGGAACCGAGAAUCCUUGCUGGAUUCGGAGUCAGGCAUCGUAAUUCAGAAUUUUUUGUCCAUUCCGUUCGGAUGGUGUUUCGUUUGCCGAUGCAAGCUCGGUCGUAGGGCAAAUUGGCUCACUGACAGCGUCGGCCGUUGAAGAUCGGAUAGUCGUCUGGAUUGUUUUUACCAGACAACAUUUGUGUCAAACUGCGCUUCCGCCAUGUUGAAGUGAUUCAAGUUGUGACUGACUGCUGGGACUGAAGUGACAAGCCCCAGGGAUCGGAAUAGAUAGAGUUGGGGGGGCUGCAACCGCGCCGGUGACGCAGGAAAAACACUCAAAAGCGGAGAAAAGCGUAGUAAUUAGAUCUUACUGCUAACCUGUUUUUAGCCUACGAGACCGACGCUGAUAUAGGCCACGUUUAUGUAACAUACGACGACACCAAUCGUCCAAGGCUGAACGCAGCUUGUGAGUAGAGGGGAAGUCCUAUCAAAUUCCUGGUUAUGCAAUGGUCUCAGCGGCCCAUCCAGACCUCCAGGUGCUUGUGUCCCUCUCUUGCGUGUUCGGACUCGUAUACCUCUGCUCUACAGCUGAGGCGGCUGUGAUUCCCCUCGUGGCCAGCGCUCCAUAAGAGGCCAAGAUUGCCAAGAUCUGCCCCGUGGCGAGCAUGACGGCCACCACGCGUGGCUCCCCGGUGGGGGGCAACGACAGUCAGGGCCAGGGCCAGGCGCCCGACGCUCAGAGUCAGCCUCCGCUACCACAGAACCAGGCCUCAUCCCCCAACUCGUCCAAUGAGAACUCUCCAGUGAGCCCACCAGAUGAGCCCGGUCAGGGGGACGGACCUCCUCAGCUGGAAGAGGAGGAGCCAGCCUUCCCUCACACUGACCUUGCCAAGCUGGAUGAUAUGAUCAACAGGCCUCGAUGGGUGGUUCCAGUUUUGCCAAAGGGAGAGUUGGAAGUCCUCCUAGAAGCUGCUAUAGAUCUUAGUAAAAAAGGACUGGAUGUCAAGUGUGAAGCGUGCCAGAGGUUUUUCCGAGAUGGUCUCACCAUCUCCUUCACUAAGAUCUUGACAGAUGAGGCAGUCAGUGGAUGGAAGUUUGAGAUUCACAGGUGUAUCAUCAACAACACACACCGGCUGGUGGAGCUGUGUGUGGCCAAGCUCUCUCAGGACUGGUUCCCUCUACUUGAGCUGCUGGCCAUGGCCACCAACCCCCACUGCAAGUUCCACAUCUACAACGGCACGCGGCCCUCGGAGACCGUUCCCGCCGGGGCCCAGCUGGCCGACGAUGAGCUAUUCGCCCGCCCUCCAGACCCUCGCUCCCCCAAGGGCUGGUUGGUGGACCUAAUAAACAAAUUUGGCACGUUAAACGGGUUCCAAAUGCUGCACGAUCGCUUCAUGAGUGGCCAAGCACUGAACGUCCAGAUCAUCGCUGCACUUAUCAAGCCUUUUGGCCAGUGUUACGAGUUCCUCACAUUGCACACAGUGAAGAAGUACUUCCUCCCAGUCAUUGAGAUGGUCCCCCAGUUUCUGGAGAACCUGACCGAUGAAGAGCUAAAAAAAGAGGCCAAGAAUGAAGCCAAAAACGAUGCACUGUCCAUGAUAAUCAAGUCCCUGAAGAACCUGGCAUCUCGUGUCCCAGGGCAGGAGGAGACGGUGAAGAAUUUAGAGAUUUUUAGGUUAAAAAUGAUUCUUAGGUUAUUGCAAAUUUCCUCUUUUAACGGCAAAAUGAAUGCACUAAAUGAGGUGAACAAGGUGAUCUCCAGUGUCUCCUACUACACCCACCGGCAUAACCCAGAGGAAGAGGAGUGGUUGACUGCGGAGCGCAUGGCUGAGUGGAUCCAGCAAAACCAUAUCCUGUCGAUUGUGCUCAGGGACAGCCUGCACCAGCCACAAUAUGUUGAGAAACUGGAGAAAAUCCUGCGCUUCGUCAUCAAGGAGAAAGCACUUACCAUGCAGGAUCUAGACAAUAUCUGGGCUGCACAGGCUGGCAAACACGAGGCCAUAGUGAAAAACGUCCAUGAUCUUCUCGCCAAGCUGGCAUGGGAUUUCUCUCCCGAGCAGCUCGACCACCUCUUUGACUGUUUUAAGGCAAGCUGGACCAACGCAAGCAAGAAGCAGCGGGAGAAGCUCCUUGAGCUGAUCCGGCGUCUGGCGGAGGACGAUAAAGACGGGGUGAUGGCCCACAAGGUUCUCAACCUGCUGUGGAACCUGGCCCACAGCGACGACGUGCCCGUGGACAUCAUGGACCAGGCCCUUAGCGCGCACAUUAAGAUACUGGACUAUAGCUGCUCACAGGACAGGGAUACGCAGAAGAUCCAAUGGAUCGACCGCUUCAUAGAGGAGCUGCGCACCAACGAGAAAUGGGUGAUACCGGCCCUGAAGCAGAUCAGAGAGAUAUGUAGCCUGUUCGGAGAAGCCCCACAGAACCUUAGUCAAACGCAGAGGAGCCCCCAUGUUUUCUACCGCCACGACCUGAUCAACCAGCUGCAGCACAACCAUGCCUUGGUCACCCUGGUGGCUGAAAACCUCUCCGCCUACAUGGAGACCAUGAGGCAGUUUUCCAAAGCGGAACAGGCCGAGUUUGACCCCCAGACAGUGAGGCCUGGGAGUCGCUACAGCCACGUCCAGGAAGUACAGGAGCGGCUCAACUUCCUGAGGUUUCUGUUGAAAGACGGCCAGCUGUGGUUGUGUGCCCCCCAGGCCAAGCAAAUCUGGAAAUGUCUGGCUGAGAACGCCGUGUUCCUCUGUGACCGGGAAGCCUGCUUCAAAUGGUAUUCAAAGCUGAUGGGGGACGAGCCAGACCUUGAUCCAGACAUCAACAAAGACUUCUUUGAGAACAACGUGCUGCAGCUGGACCCCUCCCUGCUGACGGAGAACGGCAUGAAGUGCUUUGAGCGGUUCUUCAAGGCCGUCAACUGCAGGGAGGGCAAGCUGGUGGCCAAGCGCCGGGCCUACAUGAUGGACGACCUGGAGUUGAUAGGGCUGGACUACCUCUGGAGGGUGGUUAUUCAAGGAAGUGAUGACAUCGCCAGCCGAGCCAUAGACCUAAUGAAGGAGAUCUACACAAACCUCGGACCAAAACUGCAAGUCAAUCAGGUGGAGAUCCACGAGGAUUUCAUCCAGUCCUGCUUCGACCGGCUGAAGGCGUCCUACGACACGCUGUGUGUGUUGGACGGGGACAAGGACAGCAUCAACUGUGCGCGCCAGGAGGCGAUCCGCAUGGUGCGCGUGCUCACCGUGCUCAAGGAGUACAUCAACGAGUGUGACAGCGACUACCACGAGGAGCGGACCAUACUGCCCAUGUCCAGGGCUUUCCGAGGGAAGCACAUCACGUUGAUCGUGCGUUUCCCGAACCAGGGUCGCCAGGUGGACGACCUGGACAUCUGGUCCCACACCAACGACACCAUCGGCUCGGUGCGGCGGGGCAUCCUCAACCGGAUAAAGGCCAACGCCACGCACACCAAGAUAGAGCUCUUCAUCGGCGGGGAGGCCGUGGACCCGGCCGACGACCGCAAGCUCAUUGGACAGCUCAACCUGAAGGAUAAGACGCUGAUCACAGCCAAGCUGACUCAGGUGAGCGCCAACAUGCCCUCUAGUCCGGACAGCUCCUCCGAUUCGUCAACCGGUUCGCCCGGUAACCAUGGCAACCACUACAGCGACGGGCCCAACCCUGAGGUGGAGAGCUGCCUGCCUGGUGUGAUCAUGUCGUUGCACCUGCGCUACAUCUCCUUCCUGUGGCAGGUUGCCGACCUGGGCUGCAACCUCAACAUGCCUCUGCUCAGAGAUGGAGCCCGCGUGCUUAUGAAGCUCAUGCCCCCUGAUAACAACACCGUGGCCAAUCUGCGCGCCGUGUGUCUGGACCAUGCCAAGCUGGGCGAGAACAGCCUCAGCCCCACACUGGACUCCCGCUUCUUCGGCCCCUCGCCCUCACAAGUGCUCUACCUCAUCGAGGUGGUGUACGCUCUCCUGAUGCCCGCCAGCGCCACCCUGGGGGAGGACGCCAGCGACUUCCAGUACAACUUCCUGAAGAGCGGCGGGCUGCCGCUGGUGCUGAGCAUGCUCACCAGGAACAACUUCCUGCCGUCGGCGGACAUGGAGACGCGGCGCGGGGCCUACCUCAACGCGCUCAAGAUCGCCAAGCUGCUGCUGACCGCCGUGGGCUUCGGGCACGUCAAGGCCGUGGCGGAGGCCUGCCAGCCCAACACCGAGGGCAGCGUCCCCGUCUCACCGAUCAACCAGGCCACUCACGACCAGGCCCUGGUCCUACAGAGCGCCUUGCAGAACAUCCCCAACCCGGCGUCUGAGUGCAUGCUGCGCAACGUGGCCAUCCGUCUGGCCCAGCAGAUCUCAGAUGAGAACUUCUUCCAGGCCUCAAAGUACAUCCCGGACAUCUGUGUGAUCCGGGCGAUACAGAAGAUCGUCUGGGCUUCGGGCUGUGGCACAGUGCAGCUCGUCUUCAGCUCCAACGAGGAGAUCAGCAAGAUCUAUGAGAAGACCAACGCGGCUAAGGAGCCCGACGGGGAGGACGAGCAGGUAUGCUGCGAGGCCCUGGAGGUGAUGACCCUGUGUUUCGCCCUCAUGCCCACGGCUCUGGACACCCUCAGUAAGGAGAAGGCCUGGCAGACCUUCAUCAUAGACCUGCUGCUCCACUGUCACAGCAAGUCGGUGCGUCAGAUGGCCCAGGAGCAGUUCUUCCUGAUGGCCACCAGGUGUUGCAUGGGCCACAGACCCCUCCUCUUCUUCAUCACCCUCCUCUUCACUGUGCUCGGGAGCACUGCCAAAGAGCGGGCCAAGCACGCGGGCGACUACUUCACCCUGCUGCGACACCUGCUUAACUACGCCUACAACAGCAACAUCAACCUUCCCAACGCUGAGGUGCUGCUCAACAACGAGAUCGACUGGCUCAAGAGGAUCCGGGAUGAGGUCAAGCAGACGGGUGAGACGGGUGUGGAGGAGACCAUCCUGGAAGGUCACAUCGGCGUGACGAAGGAGCUGCUGGCCUUCCAGACCCCAGAGAAGAAGUACCACAUUGGCUGUGAGAAAGGCGGCGCAAACCUCAUCAAGGAGCUGAUCGACGACUUCAUCUUCCCGGCGUCCAACGUCUACCUGCAGUACAUGAAGAGCGGCGAGUUCCCCACGGAGCAGGCCAUUCCGGUGUGCAGCAGCCCGGCCUCCAUCAACGCUGGCUUCGAGCUGCUGGUGGCCCUGGCCGUCGGCUGCGUCCGCAACCUCAAGCAAAUCGUGGACACUCUGACGGACAUGUACUACCGAGGAUGCGAGACCCUCACGGAGUGGGAGUACCUUCCCCCUGUGGGGCCCCGGCCCACCAAGGGCUUCGUGGGUCUGAAGAACGCGGGCGCCACCUGCUACAUGAACUCGGUCAUCCAGCAGCUCUACAUGAUCCCCCCCAUCCGCAACGGCAUCCUGGCCAUCGAGGGCACGGGCACCGACGUGGACGACGACAUGUCUGGGGACGAGAAGCCGGAGAACGAGAGCAACGUGGACCCGCGCGACGAGGUGUUCAGCUACCACCACCAGUUCGACGACAAGCCGGCCAGCAAGUCGGAGGACAGGAAGGAGUACAACAUCGGGGUGCUGCGCCACCUGCAGGUCAUCUUCGGCCACCUGGCGGCCUCCAGGCUGCAGUACUACGUCCCCAGGGGAUUCUGGAAGCAGUUCAGGUUAUGGGGGGAGCCGGUGAAUCUGCGCGAGCAGCACGAUGCUCUGGAGUUCUUCAACUCGCUGGUGGACAGUCUGGACGAGGCCUUGAAAGCCCUCGGACACCCCCCUAUGCUCAGCAAAGUGCUGGGCGGCUCCUUCGCCGACCAGAAGAUUUGUCAGGGUUGCCCCCACAGGUAUGAGUGUGAGGAGUCUUUCACCACGCUGAAUGUAGACAUCAGGAAUCACCAGAACCUGCUGGACUCCAUGGAGCAGUAUGUGAAAGGGGACCUGCUCGAGGGUGCCAACGCCUACCACUGUGAGAAGUGCAACAAGAAGGUGGACACGGUGAAGCGGCUGCUGAUCAAGAAGCUGCCCCCGGUGCUGGCCAUCCAGCUGAAGCGCUUCGACUACGACUGGGAGCGGGAGUGCGCCAUCAAGUUCAACGACUACUUCGAGUUCCCCCGGGAGCUGGACAUGGAGCCGUACACGGUGGCGGGCGUGGCCAAGCUGGAGGGGGACGACGUCAACCCCGAGAACCAGGUGAUCCAGCAGAACGAGCCCUCGGAGCCCUCGCCUCCCGGCAGCUCCAAGUACCGCCUGGUGGGGGUGCUGGUGCACUCGGGGCAGGCCAGCGGCGGCCACUACUACUCCUACAUCAUCCAGAGGAACGGCGGCGACGGCGAGCGCAACCGCUGGUACAAGUUCGACGACGGCGACGUGACGGAGUGCAAGAUGGACGACGAGGAGGAGAUGAAGAACCAGUGCUUCGGCGGCGAGUACAUGGGCGAGGUGUUUGACCACAUGAUGAAGAGGAUGUCGUACCGCCGGCAGAAGCGCUGGUGGAACGCCUACAUCCUCUUCUACGAGCGCAUGGACUCCUUGGACAAAGACAGCGAGCUGGUCAAGUACAUCUCGGAGCUGACGCUGGCCAACAGCAAGCCCAACCAGGUCAAAAUGCCCGGCGUCAUCGAGUGCAGCGUGCGCAAGCAGAACGUCCAGUUCAUGCACAACCGGAUGCAAUACAGCUUGGAAUAUUUCCAGUUCAUUAAGAAGCUCCUCACCUGUAACAGUGUCUAUUUAAACCCUCCUCCAGGGCAAGACCAUCUGUUGCCGGAGGCCGAGGAGAUCGCUAUGAUUAGUGUCCAGCUGGCUGCCAGGUUCCUCUUCAGCACAGGUUUCCACACAAAGAAAGUAGUGCGCGGUCCUGCCAGCGACUGGUAUGAUGCCCUGUGUGUCCUCCUAAGACACAGUAAGAACGUCCGCUACUGGUUUGCACACAACGUCCUGUUCGCCUACGCCAACUGCUUCUCCGAGUACCUGCUGGAGUGCCCGAGCGCCGAGGUCCGCGGCGCCCUGGCCAAGCUCAUCGUCUUCAUCGCACACUUCUCCCUCCAAGACGGGCCCUACCCCUCCCCCGUCACCUCCCCCGUGCCCGCCAGUCCGGGCUGUGAUAACCUGAGUCUGAGCGACCACCUCCUGCGAGCUGUGCUCAACCUGCUGAGGAGGGAGGUGUCUGAACACGGCCGUCACCUGCAGCAGUACUUUAACCUCUUUGUGAUGUACGCCAAUCUGGGGCUAGCAGAGAAGACUCAGCUGCUCAAGCUGAGCGUGCCGCCCCGGCCAACUUCCAUGCUGGGUGGCCUCUGGCCGAGGGCACCCGGCACUUCCCACUCACAGUACACAGUCGCCGACGCCCCCUGGGCAAGUCUGUACACCGUGGUUACCAGCUGGUCGGCUUGCUGCCGACGUCUCCACGCCAGCAUGCAAGCUCUCAUCACAGGUAACCCUCCUCUAGCGAACCCUUACGGGGACGCCAACCUGACCACGCCGGUCAUGCCGGUGCAGCAGCUGGUGGCUGAGAUCCUGUUUGUGCGGACCAGCUAUGUGAAGAAGAUCAUCGAGGAUUGCAGCAACUCUGAGGAGACGGUGAAGCUGCUGCGCUUCAGCUGCUGGGAGAACCCCCAGUUCUCCUCCACGGUGCUCAGCGAGCUCCUCUGGCAGGUGGCGUAUUCCUACACCUAUGAGCUGAGGCCUUACCUGGACCUGCUGCUACAGAUCCUGCUAAUCGAGGAUUCCUGGCAAACGCACCGGAUCCACAACGUGCUCAAGGGCAUCCCAGACGACAGGGACGGGCUGUUUGACACCAUUCAGCGCUCCAAAAACCACUAUCAGAAGCGGGCCUACCAGUGCAUCAAGUGCAUGGUGGCGCUCUUUAGCAACUGCUCCGUGGCGUACCAGAUCCUGCAGAGCAACGGCGACCUGAAGCGCAAGUGGACGUGGGCGGUGGAGUGGCUGGGCGACGAGCUGGAGCGGAGACCUUACACGGGGAACCCCCAGUACACCUACAACAACUGGUCGCCCCCCGUCCAGAGCAACGAGACCUCCAACGGCUACUUCCUGGAGCGCUCCCACAGCGCACGCAUGACCCUGGCCAAGGCCUGCGAGCUCUGUCCCGAGGAGUGUCACUUAACGAAGCACGAGGCUGUGUCUGAAGAAGACGCCACGAUGCCGAAAUCGUCCUCGCCACAGCAGCUUUUGCCAGGGGAAGGCACGGCACAGCAGCAGCAGCACACUGAGCCUGAAGACCAGGAGGCCUCCGAAGACCAGGACUCUUCCCCUCCAGAAGACACCUCCCUCUACCCUCACUCUCCUGGAACCACUCAGUUUCAGCAGAACAACCACCCCCAUGGACAGCCAUACACGGGGCCGGCCGCCCAGCACAUGAACAACCCGCAGCGCCCUGGCCCAGCCACCGCCCCGGCGACAGGCACCUCCCUGACCCCGACGCAGACCCCAACCCUGACCCCCGCCCCAGGCCCAGGCCCAGGCCCAGGCCCAGGCCCAGGCCCGACCCCCAGUCCCGGCCAGGUCCAAGGUCCGGGGCCGCGAGCACAAGAGAACUGGGAGAGCACUGAGGAGGUGACCCCGGCGCCUGCUCCCGCUCCCGCGCCUACUCCGCCCAAGGAGUAACACACAGCCUCCUUCCUCCCCAGCCUCCUCCUUCCUCCUCCUCUGCUGUGCCUCGAGCCUCCAUCUCCCUGCUCUCCCCUUUUUUCUCCUCCCCAGAUCGACAGAGCUUCUCAUCAGAACGUGCUCUCUUUCUCUCUCUCUCUUUUCUUUCUUUCUCUCUCUUUCUCUCCGGGCCCCAGGGCAGGGCAGAGCAUGGCCCACGGGCCCCCUCUCCAGGCCAACUCACGAGAGUCUCUCCCCCAGCAUCCUGCUAGUGUGCAGUGGGUCUGGGGGGAGGCGCUUCCCCCUGGCCUGGAGACGCCGGCCCACGUGACGGGGGGGGCCAGCCGGUGGCUGCAGAGGCGAGCGAGCGGAAAGUUGUAAUUUAAAAAAAAAUGUAAACAAAAAAGGAAAAUGUACCCAGACCUGACAAUGCUGAUGCGCUUGUCGACACGACAAAAAGGUGUACAUAGUAUGUUAAUGUUUUGACUGUUCAAAUCCCCCUGUAGCAUAACUGCCUGGUUUGCUGUUGGGAGAUGUUGCAGAUCUGAUGAAAAACAAAAUGGAUACUAUAAAUAAACAACAAAAAAUCCAAAAAAAUAAACUCUGUAAGAAGACAAACUCCUCUUUGUUUUAUCACCCAUGCUCCGCAGUGAGGUUUGGUCUGCCGUCAGACAGUUUCUGGUCAUUCAACUGUAGGAGGACGCAUUGUUAUCAUAAAUGUAUUAUUAAGAUCCUUGGCAACCAUAUGACCCAUGCCAAAUCAACACACACACACGCUGUGGUUGGUUUUAGAGUGAGACGUGGAAUGGUUAGGGUGAAGUUUUACGGUGUUUUGGUUGAUGUGAAAAAGCGGUGAUGCAACAUUGUUCUGAAAUUCAUUGCCUUUCUUUUUUCUUUUUUUUUUGGUUUUUCUUUUUUUUUGUUCUGGUAAUUAAUUCAAUCCUUUCUUGAAGCUCUAGUUAAUAUGCUGUAACAUUUAGCAUGGCUUCUCACCAGAAUAGUGUAGCCCAAGGGAAGACUUGUGACCAUAACAACAAAAAGCUGUUGCUCUUAAUCCACAGCUCCAGAGGGGACUCGCCCUCUAGGAUUACUUUGUUUAUUUUUUACUCAUCUACCCCUUGUACAUUGAGGGCGCUAUUUUGAACCAAUGUAUGAAUAAGUGGCUUUUUCAAUUGCACAUUAUUAUAAACCUCCAACUUCACAUUCGGCAGUCCGUUUUUUGGUGGGAUAGACAGACAAUUCUGAGAAAAAAAAUUAAACAUGCAACAGAAUUGCCACUGGUGUACACCUGGUGUACCAUAGACUGUGGUUUGCUUCUGUCUCUCUUCAGUAGAGCCUAUUUCCUAGACUUAUUUGCCCAUCAACUUCCAUUCUCAUGGAGCUGGCCAGACCAGGUGCCUUUGACUGCUGUCCAGGAGAGGUAACUGAUCCUGAGCAGCGGUUUCUAGACAUCUCUGCCUCCAUCUCCAACGGGAAUAGGUUCCACAGCAGGGUCGUUUAAUAGAAGCUGGUUAGUCAUGUUGCAACUUGAGCUAAAGUGUAAUUCUGUAGGAGUAAAAAGCUAACCAUCAGUAAAUACUGUAUUUAAUUGGUAACUUGAAUGCGUGUAUUUUUGGGAUUUCUUGUCUAAAACAUACCAAAUACUCCUGCAAAUGAAAAUAUUCUGCCCACCGUAUUAUAUUUAAAUAUUUUGCUCUUAUUUUAUAGAAUUUAUUUUGUUGUAUUUCACAAAAAAUAGAUUUGAUUUAAGAGGAACAUUUUUGUCCUUGUGUUAUUUUUAAAGAGGAUAUUGACUGUACAGAGUUCUGCGCCCUGUUUUUUGCCGACUUUUGUUUUGGCCAUGGUGUGACGUUGAAUUCUGGAGCUACAGUCGCGAUGUGAACUUUCACCUUGAGGUUUUUUGUGCACAGAAAUAUAACAGAAGCAUUGCGCCCUUAGCAAAUAAAGAACAUGGAAUCUUGUUUGUGUCUUUUGUACUAAUGAUUAAGUUGAAAACUUGAGGCUUCGCAAAUAUAAAUAUCUGCUAGUAAGCAGAACUUUCAAUUUCUGAUGAUUUAAGUCAAGACUAAACAUACUUUAACAAGUUGUCUUGGCCAGUUUGUACUUUACUGACUGUUCAAUACUAUUCUGAUUGGUCACUAUUGGCGGUGGUUCGCCCUAUUAUCCUUACUGUGGUUUAUUCAUUCACCUACAACCAAAGUCCUAAGAUACAAAUGGUUUACUUUGGGGCAAUUCUUCUGAUGUUUUCCAAAUAAAGCCAUCCAUACACCUUCGCAAUUAACAUGGUCACAAUAAAAAGGCAAACAGGUUUUUUUUGGGAAUAUUUUUCUUUUUUUAUUAUCAUCAAGAAUCGCAGACUUAGUUCUCCUUCUCCUGGACAGUCUUUGUUCCGCGCAGUCUGCCGGUACGACGGGCAGCGAUGAGACCAACCUUGCGACCAGCAGGUGCGUCCCUCCUGAUGGUGGAGGGUUUACCAAUAUGCUGAUGGUUACCACCACCGAAGGGAUGCUCAACGGGCUGCACAGAGAAGAAAGGCCAUGUCAGAAUUCAACAGGAGUACCAAUUAUCGUCUUAAUAAUAUUAAUGAAGUACACUGCAUCUAUUCGAUCUCGCAAGACACUCCAUAUCAAAUAUAGGGUACGUACGUUCAUGGCAACACCACGGACACGUGGCCAGCAGUUUCUCUUGGCCUUGUACUUGUGGUAAGCACGACCAGCCUUCAGGAUAGGCUUGUCAAUACGUCCACCACCAGCAACAACACCUGUAGAGGAGCCCAACAGUUAAACACGGGCAGCGGGUUGCUUUCGAAAUGAAUGAGGUCAACAAAACGAACAAUUUUGUCUGCAAUGGAUUGUUCUUUGAGUUGGAACAGCAGCUGGGAUUGAAAUGCCAACCCGUCCUAAGUAGCAUGAAGACUCCCAAGGAAAACGUCUUACCGACGACGGCUCUGUUGGCAGAGGCAAUGACCUUCUUGGAGCCGGAGGGAAGCUUUACCCUGGACUUCUUGGUCUCUGGGUUGUGAGAGAUGACUGUGGCGUAGUUUCCAGAUGCACGGGCGAGCUUGCCCCGGUCUCCAGGCUUCUCUUCCACACAGCAAAUGAUGGUACCCUCAGGCAUGGUUCCGACAGGCAGGACAUUGCCGAUGUUCAGCUGAGCUGUGGAUCAGAAGGUCGACAAACUGUU